AAAAAAAACAAAUUUGAUUGCAGUACUUUAUUGUAGCGCCUGAAAGUAGACAACAACUUAAAGGAAGUAAAUUGAAACGCCGCAAACUCUCUGCUUGCUUUUUCUACAAGGAAAAGAGCAGGAGGCGCGUUUCAGUUUUAAAUAAAAUAUUCAAAAAAAAAAAAAACUUUAAAAAAUAAAUACAUUUAUUUUUCAUUGUUAAACGUUAAAGUAAACAGCCUCAAAAUUACAGAACAAAAGAAUCAAGUUACACGCGCUAUGCCCGAGCAGAGCAACGAUUACAGAGUCGUUGUCUUCGGUGCAGGCGGCGUGGGAAAAAGUUCGCUGGUGUUGCGCUUCAUAAAGGGCACAUUCCGGGAAAGCUACAUACCGACCAUAGAGGAUACCUAUCGUCAGGUUAUAAGCUGCAAUAAAAAUAUUUGCACUUUGCAAAUAACGGAUACCACAGGUUCACAUCAAUUUCCGGCAAUGCAGAGAUUGUCGAUAUCGAAAGGACAUGCAUUCAUAUUGGUGUACUCAGUGUGCUCAAAGCAGAGUUUAGAGGAACUUCGACCAAUAUGGGCAUUAAUUAAGGAGCUUAAGAAUAAUCAACAACAGGGACAGGAUAUUGCCAAUAUACCGGUAAUGUUGGUGGGUAAUAAAUGUGAUGAAAGUGCUGAAUUACGUGAAGUCUCACAAGUCGAAGGACAGGCACAGGCCACCGCCUGGAGUAUAUCAUUUAUGGAAACAUCAGCCAAAACUAAUCACAACGUAACCGAGCUUUUUCAGGAACUGCUUAAUAUGGAAAAGACGCGCACAGUUUCACUGCAAUUGGAUACCAAAAAACAAAAGAAACAAAAAAAAGAAAAGAAAACCAAGGAAACUAAUGGUGCUAUACCGGAAAAUGGUGAAGGCACCAGUGGUGCCAAAGAGAAAUGCCAUGUUAUGUAAGACUACAGUGAGUCGAGCUAACAAAACAAAGGAAGUCGAUGAAAAGUUUUUGCUUGCACAAGGCAUGAGGGGAGAGUAAAGAAACCAAUUUGCUUUAAUUUAUACUCGUCGAAGUUAAGUUUGCUUUAUAUUCGUAUUUUUAAGGAAAUUUUACUCAUUGAUUUAAGCGUUUAUUAUAACCGAAAAUUAGUUUAAAGGUUUUUAUUUGAUAUGUAAUUUAAUUAGAAAUUAAUUUCAUUUUCAUUCAUCAAAACGCUUAGGUUCACAUUUCU